AUGAUAAUAAGAGUUGGUAUUGGUCGUCCUGGUAAGUUUUUAUAGCCAUAUUUAUACUCAAAAUGAAGGUAAUUUUAUGGAGAAUAUAGUGACAGCCAGCUUUGGGAAUUGUAAAGCGUUUUUACUAGAGUAAUCAAGCGUUAAAGGCCUGAGAUGUACGUUAAUAUUAUAGUAAGGACAUUUUCGAUGCAAAUACGUCUAGAUACGAGAUAUAUGUUUGUGUUUGAUGUGAAAUGCUUGGCAAGUACAAGAUGUGGCAAUGUUGAAAACCAUCAACUUUACAAUUCAAGGCUAUCGUCCACAGCAAGGGACCUGAACUUACCCAUGCAAGUAUCUGAUACUGCGAUGGGUAACAUUGUUGAGGAUGAAGUUAGUGUAAGUUGAGGGUAGGGUAUUUAAUUUUCAUUUCUUUUCCAGAUAGAGCACUACCUAACCCUCAGGCAUCAACUAGGCUCCGCCUUUAAAUCGACCGAAGUAAUCCAUAGUGCUGAAGGCGUACUCGGUCUACAACAAGGUCCAAAUCUUCAGAGCCCUUUUAACAAUCUACUGCGACACGUUUCAUCUCAACAAUUUACUGUGUUAACUCAGAAUGUAGGCUACUACAAUGAAGUGAUACGAAAUUCAGGCAAUAUUGGUUAUGUCAGUUUUGGUGAGACUGAUGUUGUGAACUGUGGUAGAGACUAUACUACUGUUCAAAGUGUGAAUAGCAGUAGCUGGAAUUUUAGAAUUAACCGGUAUAUUGAAAUUUUGCAGGUUUAAUUAUUUUUAAAAUUUAUUUUAUCGAUUCCGAUAUUUUCGUGACAUUUCGUCACAAAUCAAUAUUUUUUGUGGCAUUUCGUUUAAAUAUUGAAAAACUUAAAAAUUUGUAAAAUACGAUUUGUAACUUCUUAAUUAUGAAGUAUCAAAAAUAGUUUUAAAAAUCCAAUAAUUUUUUUGGCAUUUCGUUACAAUUCAAUAUUUUUUGUGGCUUUUCGUCUAAAAAUUAAAAAAACGUAAAAUUGGUAAAAUACGACGUUUAUUAAAAUAGCGUUCAAUUGGUAACAAACUAAUUUUACUAAUCCAAUAAUUUGCGUGACACUCCAUCAAAAAAUCAAUAUUUUUUGUGACAUUUCGUUGAAAGUGGAAAAAUGAUAAUACUGCAAAGAAUUAUACCAAAAAAGUGAUAUUUUUUGUUAUUUUUUACAAUUUUUUUGGUUUUAUUAAAGGUCGAUAAUUUUUGUGACAUUUCGUCUCAAAAUUCAAUAUAAUUUGUGACAUUUUGUCCAAAUUUAAAAAAUGGUAAUUUUACAAACUUCUAUGUUUAAAAUUAUGUUUAUAAUAAAAUUUUCUCCAAAAUUUUUUACCCGGUCAACAAGUUUUUUCCAUUUCCAGCUUCCAAAUGGCCGACUUCUAUGACCAAAAUGAGUAUUUGGCUACAGUAGAGCCUUCAGAAGCGUAUACACUGGUUCCACGCAAGAUUCUGCUGCAAAUUUUGAGCAUAGUGAAAGCUAAGCCAGUGGCAAGUAAUAUUACAACAUAUACGGUGCAUAGUACUGACAACUUGCCAUUGAUUCAGCUACAAGUUGGGUCAUAUGGGCUGGUUUGGGAGCCUAGGCAUUACCUUAUGGUAAGAAGCUAAAGUAUAAUUAAAAAAAAUUUUUUUUGAAGUUGAUUUUGAAAUUUUAAAUUGUGUUUUUGAAGUUUUAAGUCUAAGGUUUCCAGGGUAACCGGUUAGCGAUGAUGCUGAACCCCCAUGAUGGUGUUAUGGGUUACCCCAGCUGGGUGUUUGGCAACAACUUUCUUAAGCAGUACUGUGUGGCGUUUCAGCCAAAUCAACUGACAUUUUCCAAAAUAUUUGGACUCCAAAUACUAUUCAAAAUCAAAAUUUCGAAAAUUCAAAUUUGGUACAAGUUGGUACUGUUUUAUUGUUUUUUGCACUGUUGA